UCGAGAAGCCGCAGAAGCCUCGGAGGGUGGACGAGGGCUGCUAGGAUUUGCCCUGCCAUAGAAGACAAGGGCAGAGAGAAAGGAUCGCUCAUUAGUUGUAGAGUGCAGACUUGACUUUGAUUAGCAAGGAUUCGGACCAGAGAACGGGAGUGUCUGUCCUAUCUGUCUUCUGUACCUGGCGAAUAGGCGCUGGCUUACUUCUUAUUGGUUUCAUUCUAACGAGUGCGAGACGUUUAAGACCUCCGAUUGAUCUUUCGCGUUGAGUGAUCGACUUUUUCCAGAAAAUGGGUCACGAUGCUGUGGCGCUGCCGACUCCGAAAAUUUCACCAUCUAUGUUGUCUUCUGAUUUUGCAAAUUUGGCAUCUGAGGCCAAGUUCAUGGAGGAUUGUGGGGCGGAUUGGCUGCACAUGGACAUCAUGGAUGGGCACUUCGUACCGAAUUUAACCAUCGGGGAACCUGUAAUCAAGGCGCUGAGGAAACAUACGAAGGCAUUUCUGGACUGCCACCUCAUGGUGACAAAUCCAGCUGAUUAUGUCAUGCCCUUUGCGAAAGCAGGAGCAUCAUCAUUUACCUUCCACGCAGAAGUAACCAAAGAUAGCUGGCCGGAGCUGAUUAAAAGUAUUAAAUCUUCUGGUAUGCAAGCUGGUGUGGCUAUCAAGCCAGGGACACCCAUCGAGGACAUUUUUCCUCUUGUGGAAGGUGAGGAUAGUGUGGACAUGGUUCUGGUCAUGACUGUAGAGCCAGGUUUUGGGGGGCAAAGCUUCAUGCCAGAUAUGAUGCCCAAGGUGAAAGAAUUGCGCCGUAGAUACCCUAAUUUGGAUAUUCAGGUCGAUGGCGGACUAGCACCCUCUACUAUUGAUCAGGCAGCUGCAGCAGGAGCUAACGUGAUCGUUGCGGGUAGCGCUGUAUUCGGCGCCAAAGAUCCUGCAGGCGUUAUUAAGAUAUUAAGGAACAGCAUAGAAAGAGCUCAAUCUUCAAAAAUAUUUUUCCAGUAAGAAGAGUUCCGUAUCCAUAGUAUUGCUUUCAAGUCCAGAAAAGAAAACUAUCUUGACAGAGCGAGGCAUCAUGCACUCUGGUGCAAAUUUGUACAGUCGAUGUUGAUCCCCUGAUCUAUUGGACUCUACAUGAAGUUAGGAGCCUAUUUACAACAAUUUCGAUUAUUGACCAAUAAUCAGAUUUCCUCAGUCAGGUUCGGCUUAGUAAUGUGAACCCUAUACGGAAUUCAAAAGGCAAGUAGUCAAUGCAAAGCACCUACUUCUAUCAUAUUGUUGUAAUGGAGCUUUCAUUCAAAGUUCCAAGAGUGGAAUGAGCAUCCUACAAAUCUGAUUUCUCUCAUGGGAUCAAUUCAC